AUGGUGAAUCGGCUCCGCGAUUUUGUCGCCAAGAACGCUCAGCAUGAUGAACGUGCGACGUUACCGCGUGUGAUGCUGACACUUCACACCGUCGAUAUGUUUUUGUCCCGGGCGCUCAACCACCUUCGCAGCGAUAGUCCGUCAUGGUGGGCUAAUUUCCGCGCAGAAGUUCAAAGAAUGGAUUACAACUCGACCGAAUGGGUGCUACUACUCUCCUCACUGCUCACGUCGACGCCAGCGCACCAGACCACGGCGGCAAGCCCGACAAACCACCAAGUAUCGCCAAGGGCGAACUUCAAGUCAGCCCCACGACAGCGUCCUCGAGAUCAAACCAGUUACGAACGGCUGCGAGGUUUUCCUCCAGACAUCGCGGCACUUGUUCUUCGGGUCAAUGGGAAGGAGCCCUGCCUCCGGUUUUUCUCCGGUCAUGGAUGUUAUGUCAAGGGCAAGUCGUGUGGCAACGGUAAAAGGCUUCACUCGUGGCAAACACCACUUCCGGACGCUCUGGUAGAGUAUAUCAAGACAUACUUUGCUCCUAAACCAGCAGUCCCUACUAAUAAGUGA